AUGGCUCACAAGAGAGGAUUAACUGAAUUUAAGACAGUUGCACUUACUGAGGAGUGCACUUCUAGGGUCCAAAAUAAGCUCCCUCAAAAGCUUAAAAAUCCUGGCAGCUUUACGAUUCCUGUGCGCAUUGGUAAUAUUGAUCUGGCUGACAGAUCGAUAGCACACCCUGAGGGGGUGAUUGCAGAUGUGUUGCUGCAAAUUGGGAAAUUUAUCUUCCCUGCUGAUUUCAUUAUCCUCGAUUAUGAGGCUGAUGAACUGGUCCUAAUCAUAUUGGGGCGACCUCUCUUGGCUACUGGUGACACAAUUAUCAAAGUGAGAGAGGGAAAGAUGAUCUUGAGGGUAGAUGACGAGGAAGCAGUUUUCAAUGUCUACAAAGCAAUCCAACUUCCCCGUCACUAUGAGGAUCUUUCCAUGAUAUCUGUUGUUGAGGCUGAUGAGCAACUUCGUGAUCCAAGU